AUGUAUGAAAAUGAUAAUACAGAUACAGCUGACAGUCAUCAUAAAGUAUAUAAUUAUUAAAUAAAGAAUGAGGAAUUGAUAGAAGAGUUAUAAAAGUAUUGGCGAUUAGUGAUAUCUCAUAUGGGAUAGGAUUACCAACAUUUAUUAAAAUUGUCAAGUGAUUCUGAUGCAUUAGAAUUAGUUUAAUCAUUGAUAAUUUUAGAAGAUAUUAGAUUUAAUGAUAAGAAAGUUCCAUAAAAUCAUGAUUUGGAAAAUGAAAUUAUGCAAUUUAAAUAAUCAAUUUCUAACCAAAAAAAUGAAUUAGAAUAAAAAACCCAAGUCAUUCAUGAAUUACUCAAAAAGUAAACACAAAUGUAAGAGUAAAAUCAAGAAAUGCUUCUAUAAUUGUUAAAAAAAGAAGAGGAAAAUUCCAGUAAAAUAGUUCAACUUCAAAAAGAAAUAAAAGACAAUAACAAAAAUUAAAGUCGAAUGCCUUCAUAAUUAUAAUCUGCACGUCAACCAAUUUAACAAUAUAGUUAAUCAACAAAAAGUUCUCCCUAACCCAGAGAAUUUCGAUAACUAAGCAAUUAUUAUUAAACUAAAUUAAGUAAAUUGAUAAAAGUUUAGGGUACUCAUAAUAAUAAUACAAUUAAAAAUAAUAGCAAUAUUGUUUUUUAAUGA